AUGGCGUACUUUCUGCCCUCGUUCUUCCAGAAGCGCCUGUUGAAGUAUGCCCUUUCGCGCCUGGGCAUCGUGGAUACGGAGGCUCUGGAUCCUGAUAAUCUGGGCAUUCGCUGGGGUCAGCGGAGUACGGUGGAACUGCGUGAUGUUGGCCUCAAGCUAGAGAAGCUAGCGACCCUUCUCAACCUCCCGCCGACAUGUAAACUCCUCAGUGCCCGCGUUCGUUUCCUUCGGAUCACCGUUCCGGCCGACAUCUACAGCAGCGGUAUCAUCUGUGAAGCCUCCGGUAUCAACGUGCAUAUCCAGCUAUUAUCAGACGAGCCAGCCCAUUGCAAGCACGGGGGCACAAAAUCACAGCCUCUGUCGGGGCAUGGCUCCGAGGAGGGACAACUCCUACCGACCGCUACCAACCUGGCCGAAUCAUUCCUCGAAGCCGAACCGACAGAGGAAAAGGAGGAGCUGCAGGCAGCAAUAUCGUCACAGUCUCAUAUACUACAGAAGAGUUCAUCUUUUACGGAUGAGGAGGAUGAGGAACUUGGACUGGGAAAUGAGACAAUGUCCCUCCCGAGCUUCGUUGCGGGGUUCCUCAAAGGGGUGGCGGAUCGAUUACAGUUGAAGAUAACGGAUAUCACUGUGCGGCUUGAUAUGGAGUUGAAGCAGGAUGGUCCUUCUAAACGACAUCCUGAGGAUAAGCCGGAUAUCGUGGCGGGAUUGUUCACGGUGGGCGAGAUCGAUGUUCAUGGCGCCUCGGACUUUACUGCGGGCGCCGACGAGCCCUUGCCAAUGCGCGAGGGCAAGCGGCUGAUUUCACUCGCUGAUAUUAACUUCGGGCUUGUGUCCGAUCCUGCCGUGUUCUUGAACUAUGCCCGUUUCACCGUGCCUGCAUCUCCAACGACUACGAUGCAGUCGAAGGAGAGUCAAUCCUCCAGCCGAGCGUUUUCGCCACCACCGCCGUUGGAAUCGUCUGAUUCAGAUAUUGGCCUGGCUAUGACCAGAUCAACGAUCUUUGAACCAUCUCUUGGACUUGGCUUCGGAAGUGCCAUAGAUCCCGGUCUGGAUGAAUCGACUAUCUCCCACGACACAAUUUCCCAUGAUGGCCGAUUCUCAGAUGCAGAGUCGGACACAGAGCAUAGGCACGACAGAUAUCCCGACGAUUCCCAAAUCCUCGCGGAUGAUGAUGACCCGUUCCACGAUAAUCCUGGGUAUUUGGAUUCAGUCAUUGAUACCCAGUUUGAUGAUUUUGAUGAUGAACCGCUGGCUGUGCACAGUCAGACGCGGGAAAUAGCAGAGAGCGGUGACAGUUCGUAUCACCUCGGUCUAGCAUUCCGUUCUAACCCGGGACUCGCGGAGUCUACUGAUUUAGGGCACUCUGGGAUAGCCUCACAAACAGACAGUUUCCGUGGGCCCCAUACGUAUAGCUCGCAUGAGGAAAGCCAAAGCGCAUUUGGAUUUGGAUCCGAUCUUGCGCCGCAAUCCCCGGAGCGUAAUGCUGAAGAGGAUAUUUCCACCUCUCGACAAAGCUUCCCACGCUCUCCCCAACACGAGUCUGCCCCACCAUCCGAGGCUGGCAGUGCAUCGACUGAAGGGGGUGCUCAUCUGAUGGAGUCCAAGUACUUCUCUCAUGAUGAGGCCCAAAGCUUGUAUAUGAGUGCUAUGAGCCAGGGCACUGGUGAGAGCUUCAUCCCAAACAUGCCAGGUGCAUGGGACUCAUUUCACCCUGGUGAAAAAGCAGGGAGCCCUACGGAAGACCGCAAAAUGGGGACUGCUCCCAUUGAUGAUACCCACAUAAGCAAGGAGGAGCAAGGUGAACUUUCGGCAUCCACUCCAAAGUUGAACGCUCCAUCGGACUCUUACUUUGGCGAGCAACCAGAAGAGAGUCAAACUCAGUCCCAAUCUGCAGCCACCGACAGGGCUUCUACGCCCUCAUCGCCCGUAUUGCACAAGCCGAGGGAAAUAGGGAAGCCUAUAUUCAACGUUGAUAAGAUCCUGAUCUGGUUGCCAUCGUCUUCGGAUGAGGCAGAAUCAGAUGCUGCCGUGCCCAAAAUGCUUGCGGAGCGCACAGAGAGUGACCCCAAGGAUCUUCUGUCUAGCAUACGCGAGCCCGCCGCCGAGGAAAGCAUGUUUGCCUCAAAGUCUCCUCGGUCACCAAAGAUGUUGAGUGGAAAGAAUCAUACAGACCACCAACACGGGCACAUCGACAGCCAGGGUCUGGCGAUAGAAAUAUUCGCGGUCUCCCUUCACUUUGAUAUAGCCACGGGCUGGCUUCUAGUCAAGGCAGGCCAAAGAUUGGGUCAAAUUUUCAGCGGGGAUGAAAAGGCCCCAUCUCGAAAACAGAAUAUGCCAGACCAGCCUACUCAGCAAAAGCCUACUCGGCAAACAGCUCUCAAGCUCGAUGUGCACAAAAUCUCUGUCAAGUUCAUAGAGCAUGUAGCGGGACAUUCCUACCCUCUGGAUAAUGCGGGCACGCCGCCACCACCGCCGUUCACUUCUUUGGAAGACAUUGUUCUCCAACUUACUGCUUCCGGCCUGGCAGUUCAACUGGCGGCAAAUGAAAAGCGCAUGAGCCUCCAUCUUGAUAUCUCGAAAUUCGCGUUUGGCAUUGCUUCCGAUAAUCUCAUCUCAUUUAACGAAUCCUUGAAAAUGCGUGAAUCUACUCGAGACAUCAACACGCCUUCUCAAGGUGAUAUCUCUCUUUCGUUAGUGAAAUCGGCAGAGUCUGCCAAGGUUGAGGUUACCACCCUCCCUCUCCAUAUCAAUCUCAAUACCCAGCAUCUAGAAGAGGUUCUCGGAUGGAUGGGUGGCUUGAGCACCAUCCUAGAGCUGGGAAGCUCCAUGUCCUCUACAUCAACAAUGAGAGGGGCUCAGAAACCGCCAAAUAAGCGCGCACGAGGUGUGCACUUUGAGACUCCAGCUCCCGCUGCCCACAAAGAUCCACAGGCCUCUGUUCCCUGGAAAGUUAAUGCUCGGCUGGGGGGCGUCGUGCUUGAUGUCACUGGCGAAACACAUUAUCUCAGCCUCAGCACAACUGCAGUCAAAAUUGUUAGUCGAUUCGAGGGCAUUGGUGUCCAGAUUGACAAGGCAAGACUCAGCGGACCGCACCCACUUGACGACAUGUCUGAUGCACCUGCAAAGGUCACUCUGGCCAACAUCAGAGUUGAAUUCUUGUUCUCGCCAAAGGAAGUGGACCUUGAUCGACUUUUGACCUUGAUCACGCCGUCCAAGGACAAAUACGAUGACGACGAUGAUAUAAUGCUUGAUACUUUGCUUCGCCAGCGAAGGCAAGGAUCGGUUCUUCCACUGCUGGCUUGGCUCCCCCUGGCGUCCCUUGGAUCCGAGCUAGGCCGCCUGUCCACCGUGACGAAGUACUUGCCCGAAGACGAUCGUCCUGGAAUCCUUAUUUUGACACUUGUCCGAGAAUUCGAAACUCAAGUGCAUGUUGGCGGAGAUGUUGGCGAUAUCAAUGUACAUCUCACUAACGUCGAGGUUGCAUGGAUCAGCAUGCCUUCUCUUACUGCUACGCAAAUCGGCUCGCUGGUCGUCACCCGGAACCACAAGGAAGAGUUAGUCGGCGAGGCCUUGCUGUCAAGUAAAGAGAAAAGUCCGAUUGCGCCGCGUCCGCCUGUUCUCAUGGCACGUUUCAUCCCCGAUGAGAUGGAUCCCACCUUCAAGAUCAAAUUGCAUCAUUUGCGUGUCGAGUAUACGAUUCCAUCUGUCAUGGCGUUCUUGGGAUUAGGCCAGAAUACAACUGGUGGAGAGUUGGCGGGCGAGAUGGCGAACUCCAUUGCUAACCUUGCGGAACACUCUGAUCAAAUUGCUGGGGCGUCAGCUUUCUCUCCGUCCAGAUCCGAGGCCUCGGGUGCAUCCAGCAAGCCAACAAAGUUGGCUGUUGUGUUUCAGGACUGCGUGCUUGGUCUGAACCCGCGCAAUUCUCCAGCCAAGGGACUGGUGGUUCUUACCAACUCUAAAUUUAGCGGCACUCUCCAUGGUGAUGAAUCAUCGGAAGCCACCCUGGACAUCAGAAAAGCAUCGAUCAUGAUCAUUGACAACGAGGCGAAUGCAGGAAGUGCUGAUAACCUCCGCCAACGCACUUCGGCCGUCACGCAGAGUGACCAGGUUCAAGAAUAUAUUGCGCAGGGAUACGUCCCCGUCUCGUCGAUAUCUACUGCAACCGCUGUGGUCAAAAUGAUGCGUCUGGCUGAGGACGGUGCCAAGUCAUUAGAUGUCGAGUUGAAAAAUCGUCUCCUAAUUUUGGAGACUUGUGCCGAUUCCACUCAAACGCUCAUCAGCAUUCUGAACGGCCUUCAACCUCCCACGCCUCCAAGUGUCACGGUCAAGUACCGUACCGAGGUCACCCCGAUCCAGGAUAUGCUUGCCUCUUUCUCUGGAAAUGCUUUCGAUGCUGAUCCUUCUUUCUCUUCUGGCGAGAAGACUGAUCCAGCACUUGAUCUUGGAGGCAUCCCGGAAGAGGAAGAACUGGCCAAUGACGAACUUGAAUAUGUCAGCGAUUUCUACCCCAAGCAGCAGGAUUCAUCUAUUGGUGACGCGAACAUCGAAUCAACAUCUAUGGGUGGGAACAACGAACUUUUCGACAGCUUCCAUUCUCAAUACCAUGUCUCGUCCAGUCUCACUGAGCUUGACUUCCGCGAGGACCACUUCGCUAAGCAGUCUGCUGUUGGGGGUACUGCGCAUCGCUGGGAUUCUACAGAGAACACCUACGGUCUGUCAAACGACAACAAGCUCCAGAAAAGCCCUCUUCGCGUAAGAGUGCGGGAUGUACAUGUAAUCUGGAACUUGUUCGAUGGCUACGACUGGCAGCGAACUCGGGACACAAUUUCCAAGGCAGUCGAAGACGUUGAAAUCAAGGCCACCGAGCGACGGGCCCGAACAUCUCGUAUGUCUCCCGCAGCCGAAGAUGAAGAGGAAUCUGUGAUUGGUGAUUUCCUCUUCAAUUCGAUCUAUAUUGGCAUUCCUGCGAAUAAAGACCCCCGCGAGCUCCACCGGGAAAUCAAUCGCGACAUCAAUGACCUUACAAGUGAGACUGGAAGCUAUGCCACAUCUACCACCGUCACUGGUGCGACCGCGCGACAGGGCCGAUCAGUCUCAGGACGUGAGAAGAAGAGACUUCGCUUGCAUCGCAGCAAACAUCACAAGAUGACAUUCGAACUGUCCGGUAUUUGCGCGGACCUGGUUGUUUUCCCGCCGGGCUCAGAAGAGACGCAGAGCUCUUUAGAUGUACGAGUGAAAGAUUUGGAGAUCUACGACCACGUGCCUACUUCUACUUGGAAGAAGUUCGCGACUUAUCUGCACGAGGCUGGGGAGCGGGAGAGCGGGACGAGCAUGGUUCAUUUGGAGAUUUUGACUGUAAAGCCUAUUCCGGAACUUGCAGCAUCUGAAAUUGUUCUCAAGGCUACCGUUCUACCGCUUCGACUUCACGUCGAUCAAGAUGCUCUUGACUUUAUGAGUCGCUUCUUCGAGUUCCGCGACGAAUCUAUGGAGGCUUCUGCUGCCCCUGGAGAUGUCCCGUUCCUGCAGCGCGUCGAGGUCAAUGCUAUCCAGGUCAAAUUGGACUUCAAGCCGAAGCGAGUCGACUACGCUGGACUCCGAUCCGGCCGCACGACCGAGUUCAUGAAUUUCUUCGUCCUGGAUGGGUCUGACAUGGUCCUCCGACAUGUCAUCAUCUACGGAGUGUCCGGAUUCGACCGACUGGGAAACACCCUCAAUGACAUCUGGAUGCCGGAUGUCAAGGCCAACCAGCUUCCAGGCGUCCUUGCUGGUCUCGCGCCCAUCCGAUCUUUGGUCAACGUGGGUGGUGGUGUACGACAACUGUUUGUCGUCCCGAUGCGCGAGUACAAGAAAGAUGGUCGCAUCGUGCGCAGCAUCCAGAAGGGCGCAGCUGCCUUUGCCAAAACGACAUCCAACGAGCUCGUCAAGCUAGGUGCGAAAUUGGCCAUUGGCACACAAACCGUCUUGCAAGGCGCGGAGGACUUGUUGACCUCUCCGAAUGCCGCAUCCGCUGCUUCCGACGAAGACCGCGUUGAUGAGGAAGAAGCGAAGAAAAUCUCUCUGUAUGCCGAUCAGCCGAUUGGAGUUGUCCAGGGUCUGCGGGGCGCCUUCAGCGGUCUCGAACGCGAUCUGCUCCUGGCGCGUGAUGCGAUCGUCGCGGUCCCUGGUGAGGUUGUGGAGAGUGGUAGUGCAAAGGAUGCGGCCAAAGCAGUCUUGAGGCGCGCACCGACGGUCAUUCUCCGACCUGCCAUUGGUGUUUCCAAGGCCGUUGGACAGACAUUGCUUGGUGCUGGAAAUACGCUGGACCCGAGCAACCGGCGCAAGAUGGAAGAUAAAUAUAAACGUCACUAGAUAAGCUUCGCUUUGAUUCGGAGCUAAUCACCGAGGUGAACACAAGCCCUUUUGUGUGGCUACUUUUUCUUUGUGUUCAAAUAUUUCUCUUUCCCUUUUCGGAAUUAUGCUAUUUUCUGUGUGUUCAUGAGCCCGUAGAUACUACAAUUCCUUCUGCUAUUUUUUUUUCAUAUUGCGUUCUGCGUUCUGCGAGCUACUUGCUUUCCUUGCCAAUGAUACCACCCCUUGCCGAGACAUGACGGAUGACGACUGCAUGUAAAAAUUGCUACUAUUGCGAAACGCAUGAAUCUGGGAGUCCUUGUCCUUGACCGAUCUGGUUUGUCUACUUGAUUUUGAUUUUUGCCUGAUUUAAUUUGAGAUGAACUUUGCUCGGUCGCAUG